AUUGGAGACUCGCGAACAGGUAACUCAGCCUUCGAGACGCAACUCUUCAACUAAGAGUUAAUUAAAGGUGAACAGGCCUAUUUUCAUGUAUUUCUUUUCAUUCACUAAAUGGGUUACGUAGGAAGGAGGCUGUUUAGUGCACUAAAGGGAAUCAUGGCAGAAGCAAAGCUGGUGGUCAAGGCUCCUGAAAAUAACAAGGACCCAAUCUUCCAAGUACUGGAGAAGGUCAUCCCCGAGAAGUUUGGAUCGGACUCAGGGCUCACGGCUCUGGAGAUUUCUUCAGGGAGCGGCCAGCACGUGUCCUACUUUGCACGCAAGUUCCCCAGCAUAUCAUGGCAGCCAUCUGACAUCGAAGACAAGUACAUUAAGAGUAUCAAGUGUUACAUUGAAGAUGACAAGUGUGAGAAUGUUAAAGAACCAGUAAUAAUUGAUAUUAGUAAGCCUCUGAGUGAAUGGGCGACUCCGAUUGCAGAGAAAUCUAUCAACAUGAUGGUUAACAUAAACAUGGUACAUAUUUCACCAUGGGCAUGUACAGAGGGUCUCUUCGCAGCAGCUGGUAAACUCCUGAAGCCUGGUGGCAUUCUGGUCACUUAUGGGCCGUACUCAAUCCAUGGUGAAAUCACACCCGAGAGUAACGUGAACUUCAAUGCAUCAUUGAAGGAGCAAAACUUUGAAUGGGGCCUUCGAGACGUAGAUGAGCUGGAGAAAGAAGCAAAGAAAAAUGGACUGGUGUUCGAUGCAAUGUUUGAUAUGCCGGCAAACAACAAAACUCUCGUGUGGCAGAAGAAUGAAUAGAACUCGCACACAAUUCUGGUCACUUUACAGGUGCUUUGAUGCCUUGGUAAAACAAACAUUUAUUGUGUGGAGUUGCAUGUUGCAAGUAUUUCUUUUUGCUUACUAUGACUAAAGCAACCAAAUUGUAAUCAUCACAUCAUGCAAUUGUAGAGGGUUCUUUAAGGUUUACAUGCACAAAUUUCACAGCCAGUAUGCACUUCUACUAAGGUAUGCCAAAGAUGUAUAUGCUUUAUUUUUUACUUGCAAAUUAGAAUAAAUGUUAAUAACAGUGUCAGAAAAUGAGUACUUUGCUACUUCAAUUAGUACUUAAAAGUAAAUAUAUGAAGGCAAUUUAACAUAAGAAAUGUGUGCCUUAUAUCGUAAGGUUAUGUUAAUAUGCAAAUAAGUUAUAAAUAAUACAGGAUUACUCAAAUGUAUAUCUACACGAAUUAGAUUUUAUACUAGUUUUGAUAUGCUGACAAGACGAGGAGGUUUUCAGUUCCAAAUCACAUUUAUUUCAAGACCAGUUCCUUAUGUAAUGUUUUGAAUUUGAGUGUAGCAGAAUGUGAAACACAUGACUUUUCAGUCUUCCGAAUAGUGCAACCGAGUGAUCUUGACAGCACCUUGUUCUUUUGAUACAUUCUUCAUACGUUUAUGCACAUUCCAGAGUACAUUUGUGUAUGUCUUACAGAAGGGAGAAUUUAUUUCUUCCAGUUACUGUUCUGUGAUUAAAAUAUAUCCAAAUAAUUUCUUUUGUUUCUUGUAUUUUUUUAGGUUUAUGUAAUAAUUUCAAUAAUAGGAAAUGAAGCAGUAAGAAACACAUGUUUUUAUAUAUUUUUAUAGCUUAUAGUCUAUUAAAUUAUGGUUGUGCAUCCUCACAUGUGAAUAAAAAGGAGAUUAGAAAGCCAAAAUUAAGUGAAAAGUUGUAUACAUAAUUGUGGUUUACCUAAAAUACUUGUACUUCAUUUUCUGUCCUAUCAUAAAUAAACCUGCUCUGUUUAGCAAAGAUUGUUCAAUCCUUGUUCAGAUAAGGAGAGAGAAGUGGACUGUAAUCUUCACAGUAGUCAUUGUAACAGAUGUUGAGAAAAGGACAUUUCCACAAGAGCAACUGGGAAGUGCCUGACAUUUUGGUUAUAUAAUAUUUUGUUACAUGAUUCCAAGGAAGUAUUAUGUAAUCAAAAUGAUCAACUAAUUCCUUUUGGAAUAAUAUAUUCUCUUUCAUCCUUUCUCAAUAAAAGAACAUAUCACAUUCGCAUUUUAACACCUCGUCAAGUACAGUUCUUUCACUGUAUGUGCAUUUAGUAAUAUGAUAGAUGUGGAAAGGUCUUGAGUUCUUGGUUUCAUUCAACCACUGGAAAUGGCUAACUAUACUGGUCCAUCAUGGCUUGCAAGAAUAUAUAUAUAUAAGCACAUUUCACUUUUUCCCAUCAUUCUGUAAUCUGAGAGCAGCUAUGUGAACACCCUUAAUAAUGGUGACAUGCAUUUGGCACUUCAUAACAAAUAAAGAUGAUAUUUUG